GGAAACCGGCGGAUAAACCCCAAAAAUAUCGUAAUAUCGUAUGUGAUGUUAGAGAGCAUGCUCAGGCUAGUUGCCUGAGGAUACUCCGAUAACGAAUUCAGCUUCUUCUUGACUUUAGAGGGAGCGGAAAAAUGGAAAAGGAAUAUCUCAGAGCCGAUGCGCGAUCUCCUCACUUUCCCACUUAGGAAUCCGGGGAAGAAUCAACAAGAAAGAACAUCAAAUCGUAAGUUUAUGAAAAUCAAAAAUAGCGUGACGUGACGAGAAUUUGGAAUUCGAGAUGGAUCAACUAGUUUCUUCUUUCAUUUCUAGCAUGGGUUUGGCUCUGCCUUUAGCUAUUCUUGUAGGCGUUAAGGCCGGCAAAAUGAUCCAUCAAAUUCACAGCUAUAGGCAAAUGGAGCCCAUGGUUACUGAUGUAGCCAUAGAUGUGAUUAAAGAAGAAAUGGUUGACCACCUAUCCAUUCUUUUGCGAGCCUAUAAGGAGACUGUUCGGGAUAUAAACUUACCAACAGGAGUCAAUCUCCAAGAUAUAAUAAUUCCCCUUUUUUUCCAAACAACGAGGAAGUUAGCCUUCUACGCAUACACACAAUCUAUUGUGAUCUUCUUUCUGAGGGAACGAAAAGUGACUUCUUUCUCCAAGUUUUGGAAUUUCUUGGACUUGGAUGAUAGUAUUUCUUUUUCUUAUUUCUUUCUCCCACGUAGUUCGUUGGUCAACAACCAACCACUCGUCAAAACACUAGUCCUACAGGCUUUUCGGAGUUCAGUCUGUGAAUUGUUUUUUAUGAAUCAAUCACUAUGUUUAACAACGUUCGACGCAUCUUUUUAUUUGAUGAGAAUAGUCUUAACAGUGAUACAGCUUCUACUUCUAGUACUAGGAUUACAAAUACUACGGAUCCAUCUACAAACGAUUCUAGUGUUUUUUCAUUCGAUACUUCAUCUCCCGAUCGUAAUGGUAUUUUUGAAGAUCAUCCCGGUCUAAACCCGGACAGUGAACGUGUAGUGGAACUACAGUCUGAGAUACACGAGAAUCUCAGAGAGUUGAUGCCUAACAAUAGUGAGCAAGAGGUUCUGGUAGCGGCCGAAGCUGUACAUGCCGAAAGCGGCGAUAUUUCGUUUCUGGAGCACACUUUGGAAGAAUUGAACGAAAAGGGAAUAGCGAGUGAGAGCUUUCAGGAGGCCCUUAAUUAUCAAGCGCAGAUGGCCCCUAGCAAUACUAUUCACGAUUCUAGUGUUUUCUCGGGCAUCUCCAGCCCGUUGGAUCAAUUUGAGAUAAUCCCAUUGAUUCCAAUGCAUCUGGGUGACUUUUAUUUCUCAUUCACAAAUCCAUCUUUGUUUAUGCUGCUAAGUCUCAGUUUGUUCUUACUUCUUAUUUAUUUUGUUACUAAAAAUGGAGGAGGAAAGUCAGUACCAAAUGCUUGGCAAUCCUUGGUAGAGCUUAUUUAUGAUUUCGUGCCGAACCUGGUAAACGAACAAAUUGGUGGUCUUUCUGGAAAUGUUAAACAAAAGUUUUUCCCUUGCAUCUCGGUCACUUUUACUUUUUCGUUAUUUUGUAAUCCCCAGGGUAUGAUACCUUAUAGCUUCACAGUUACAAGUCAUUUUCUCAUUACUUUGGGUCUCUCAUUUUCGAUUUUUAUUGGCAUUACUUUAGUGGGAUUUCAAAGAAAUGGGCUUCAUUUUUUAAGCUUCUCAUUACCCGCAGGAGUCCCACUGCCGUUAGCACCUUUUUUAGUACUCCUUGAGCUAAUCCCUCAUUGUUUUCGCGCAUUAAGCUCAGGAAUACGCUUAUUUGCUAAUAUGAUGGCCGGUCAUAGUUCAGUAAAGAUUUUAAGUGGGUCCGCUUGGACUAUGCUAUGUAUGAAUGAUCUUUUCUAUUUCAUAGGAGAUCUUGGUCCUUUAUUUAUAGUUCUUGCAUUAACCGGUCUGGAAUUAGGUGUAGCUAUAUCACAAGCUCAUGUUUCUACGAUCUCAAUCUGUAUUUACUUGAAUGAUGCUACAAAUCUCCAUCAAACUGGUUUGUUAUUUAUUUAUAAUUGAACAAAAGCGAGGAGCGAAGUUAGAGGAACUCGGGACUGAGCUCCC